CUCAAAAUGAAAAUGUGAAAAAAAAAAAUGAAACGACGUCGAAGAGGCAAUAGCUCGUAAACAGGGACAGAUCCAACGGCCGGAAACUUCCUAAAUCAUGGGCGGUACUCUCUUUCUGUCUUCCUUUCUCUUUUUCUCUUUCACACGACUCAAACUCACUGAGUCGAGUCGCCCCCUUUCUUUCUCUCUUGCCUCUCCCCUCUUUCACCAAACCCUUAACUUUCUUUCUCUCUUUCCUAUACCUCCGCUCCCUGCCCUUUUUCGUCUUUUCCCCUCCAAUCUCCAUCCGACGGCUCCCAUCCUUCCACGUCACCACCGUCUUCUUCACCCUCUUCCCCCUCAUCCCCUUCGUCCUUUUUAUUUAACUCCUUUUAGGGUUCCCAGAUUUAACCAAAUUCUCAUUUUUUUUCCUUCGAUUAAAAGAAAAAAAAAACAGAAGAAGAAAUCUUGAAAUCUUCAAUUUCUCGACUCUCUCUAUUUCUUCGUUUGCUUUUUAAAUGAGGGUUUUGAUGAACUGGCUCUAUUCGGAAAUGGUGAAAAUAAUUUUUUGAAAAAUUUGGUAGAAUUGAGGAUUAGAAAUUAUUUAUUUUUUUUGUUUGGUGUUUUAUGUUAUGAUGGCGAUUGAGAAGAAUAACUUCAAAGUUUCACGGUUUGAUUCGGAGUUGUCGCCUGGUAGUAAAGAGACGACUGUGUCAAGUGAUGAGGAUGAGCUUCGACGUCGAAGCUCAGCCGUUGAUUCUGAUGAUGAUGAUGAAUUUGAUGAUGCUGAUUCAGGAGCAGGUUCGGAUGACUUUGACUUAUUGGAAUUAGGUGAAACCGGGGCUGAAUUUUGCCAAGGUGGGAACUUGACUUGUUCUGUUCCUUUCGAGUUAUAUGAUCUUCCGGGAUUGGAAGAUAUUUUGUCUCUUGAUGUGUGGAAUGAGUGUUUAAGUGAUGAAGAGAGGUUUAGCCUUACUAAGUUUUUACCUGAUAUGGAUCAGGAUACAUUUAUGCGGACUUUGAAUGAUCUUCUUAAGGGUAAUAAUUUUCAUUUUGGGAGUCCUAUUGAGAAGUUGUUUGAUAUGUUGAAAGGAGGGUUGUGCGAGCCGAGGGUUGCACUUUAUCGGGAGGGAUUGAGUUUCUUUCAGAAGCGGCAGCAUUACCAUCAUUUGAGGAAGCAUCAGAAUAAUAUGGUUGUCAAUCUUUGUCAAAUAAGGGAUGCUUGGCGUAAUUGUAGGGGAUACAGUAUAGAGGAGCGGCUUCGUGUUUUGAAUAUUAUGAGAAGUCAAAAAAGUUUGAUGUAUGAGAAAUUGGAAGAUGAGGAUUCUGAAUCCUUCGAAAGAGAGGAUUUGGGUGAUGGAUUGUGGAGCAAAAGAGUUAAGGACUGGAAAGCUUCUCAGAAAAAGGGUCGCUACUCUGGCUAUGGAGCUGAUCAGAAUUUAGAAGUCAUUUCACGAGGACAGCUGAUGGCUUUGGAAACAGCAAAAUACAGGAAGCAGAAUCCGAAAGGUAUAUUGAAGACAGGUGGGUCAAAAUUUCCUUCUGCAAAAGACUUUGGCAGCCACAUUUACCCUGGUUUGGAUAUGAAUUAUGAGCCAUAUGGUUUGCCAGGAACUCUUCCUCGACAGAAAUAUGUGGGGGCUGGGGCAGUACUCAGGGCAAGGGAUCAGAUGAGGUUAGAUGAUGAUGCUGAAGACCCAAUGUUUGGAAUGGGUAUUCAACAAGAUCGACAUGCUGUGCAUGAUGGCAUCAGGGGCAAAUCUGGUUCAUUGAGAGCAGGGAAGAAGUAUGACCUUUUAAGAGGGGAGGAAUUAGCUGGUGAUAGUUUCAUGGCUUUGCCUUUGUCUUCAAAGCAUGAUUUGCAGGCCUAUGGUAGGAACAGGAAUGUGAAUCAGUUGUCUGAGGCAAAAGUGUAUACUUCAAAGCCACCUAAUAUGAGAACAUCAUAUGAUUUUGUGAAACAGGCCAACUAUUCUGAAAACCAUCAGCAAUUUGCAGUUGGAGAUCAGAUAAAGUCUGUGAAAGGACGAACUCCACCACUGCCAUUGAAAGGGAUUCAAGUUGAAUUAUCUGAACGUGCUGAAAUGUUUUGGCAAAAUAAGAAUCGAAUAGAAGAUGUCUCUGUGGAUUCAUCAGUUAGAUCUGAUAAUUGGAAUAUCAGGAGCAAGAAAUGGAAAACAGGGCGAGAGUCUCCUGAUGUUAGUUUUAAAUCUUAUAAAGCUACCUCACCACUGAUGAAUGAUCGAUUCUUGCAUUCUGAUAGUAAAAUGAAACCAUCACAGGAGAAGAUCAGAGGGAACUAUGUGCAAAAUGGAGUUCCAGUGAAGACCGUUUCAAAACGUAGUAGAGCAUUUAUUAAAAAUGAAGAAACAGAAUCUGACUCAUCUGAGCAAUUCGAUGAUGAUGAUGAGGAUAGCAAACCUCUAAUGAGAAGCAAGUUGGCAUACCCCAUUGUUGUCACAGAAGGUUAUCAGUUGUCGUCAUUGAAGUCUGGCCUAUAUUCUAGAAAGACCAAAUCUUUGAAGAAAGAUACUAUGGAUGAUGGACUGCCUCUUGAUGGAAUCACUCGCUUCUCCAAAAAGAGCUUUGGGGAAAAUGUCCAUGUGCCAGGUGUAGAAAGCUACCAUUUGAAACGAAAACAGAAGGGUAAGAUGCUUGAAAGCAGUCCCUUGCAUAACUCUGCUUCUAGAGUUUUGGAUGAGGUUGAUAGGAAACAAGCUUGCAAGUUGGGAAAGAAUGUUCAGUUACGAGGGGAAACUGGUACUGGUGACAGGUUACACAUGUCCUCAUCCAGGGCCUACCCUACUGAGAAAAGGCAGAAAGGUCAACUUGACUAUGAUCAUUCUAUUUCUCAGUCAAAUUAUCUGCAUAGUUAUCUUGUUGAUGAGGAGGAUGCUUCACCUGUGACAGUAUCAUUGGCAGAUGAGCAUAACCUGGGUAGAACUGGGAAGAAAGUCCAGAGCAUUGAUGCAUAUGAUUGUCAUGAAAAAUCUGAAGCUUCAUUGCUAGGGUGCAAUGCGGUGACAAAGAAGAGGAAAGGGAAGGAAUAUGUGGCAGACGUCAAUAGAAGUGGUGAAGAUGGUGACCUGCAGUCUCACCUUCAGCAGCAAACUGAUGUUUCCCCUUUCUUGAAGAAAAAGGGAAAACGGAAAGUGGAAAUUGAUGCUCCUGCCUCAGAUAUGGAAGCUUCUGAACCACACGGUGCGGAAGUGGGGCCCACAGAUAUGGAGAUGGAAACCAAACCACAGAAAAAGCCAUUUACUUUGAUUACCCCUACAGUUCAUACUGGUUUCUCAUUCUCAAUUAUACAUCUUCUUUCUGCAGUUCGCACGGCAAUGAUUACUCCACUUCCGGAAGAUUCCUUAGAGGUUGGCAAACCUAGAGACGAUCAGAAGGGAAUGCAGGAAGGUGGUGUGAACAGGGUUCUUUCUUGUGACAACACAGUUACCAAUAAUUCAGACCAUCCUGUGCAAACAGGAAGUGUUCCUUCUCUUACUGUUCAUGAGAUUGUUAAUCGUGUGACAGUGAAUCCUGGAGAUCCAUGUAUCCUUGAGACACAAGAGCCACUUCAAGAUUUAGUUCGGGGAGUUCUGAAAAUUUUCUCAUCAAAAACAGCACCUUUGGGAGCUAAAGGUUGGAAGGCACUUGUUGCUUAUGAAAAGUCCAUAAAAGGUUGGUCUUGGGUUGGUCCUAUCACACGUAGCUCAAACGAUCAUGAGACUAUGGAGGAGGUGACAUCUCCUGAAGCCUGGGGUCUUCCUCACAAAAUGCUUGUGAAGUUGGUUGAUUCAUUUGCAAAUUGGCUAAAAAAUGGUCAAGAGACUCUCCAACUAAUAGGGAGUCUUCCUGCACCACCUCUUGAAUUGAUGCAAGUCAAUUUAGGUGAGAAAGAAAGGUUCAGAGACCUAAGAGCUCAGAAAAGCCUAAGUACUAUUAGCCCAAGUUCUGAAGAAGUUAGAGCUUAUUUCCGUAGGGAGGAGCUUCUUAGGUAUUCUAUUCCUGACAGGGCCUUCUCUUACACAGCUGCUGAUGGCAAAAAGUCAAUAGUUGCUCCUUUGAGAAGGUGUGGAGGUAAGCCAACUUCAAAGGCUAGAGAACAUUUUAUGCUGAAACGUGAUCGGCCACCACAUGUUACUAUUCUUUGUCUUGUAAGAGAUGCCGCUGCGAGAUUGCCCGGAAGUAUAGGCACCCGUGCAGAUGUUUGUACUUUGAUAAGAGACUCUCAGUACAUUGUUGAAGAUGUUUCUGAUACACAAGUUAAUCAGGUUGUUAGUGGGGCCUUAGACCGUUUGCAUUAUGAACGUGAUCCUUGUGUACAAUUUGAUGGAGAGAGGAAAUUGUGGGUUUAUUUGCAUAGAGAAAGAGAAGAAGAAGAUUUUGAGGAUGAUGGUACUUCAUCUACUAAGAAAUGGAAGAGACAGAAAAAAGAUACUACUGAGCCAUCUGAUCAAGGAGCUGUAACUGUGGCUUUUCAUGGGACUGGGGAUCAAUCGGGACUUGAUUUGGGCUCUGAUCUUAAUGUUGAACCUUCGACAGAGUGCUGUGAUAGACAAAAUACGGAGGAUAAUGCUGACACCAGUCAUGGAUCUGAGCAGGGUAACACUCAGCAGGAUCAUCCAAUGACAUGGGAGCCUCUUGACCUAAAUCCUGUGCAAGAGAGCAAAUUGAUAUGUCAAGAAAAUUCCACUAAUGACGAUUUUGAUGAUGAAACUUUUGGGAGAGAAAGACAAGUUGGACUCCUGAGUGCAAGCUUAUUAUGAUCAAUAUUUCAGGUCAAGGAGUGUGUUACAUAAGUUGGAAGGUUACAUGUAUAGUGAUUCUAGCACAAAAUGUAGAUUAGAAAGUGAUCUUCUGAGGCACAAGAAUGUGUCUAGUACAGGUGGAUACUUGGUGAUUCUGCAUCCCUUAAAUAUUUUUUGAUUUCUUUUUUUGAUAAUUUGAAAUAUAUAGUUGAUAUGUUCACUGAGCUGAUAAAACAUGCAAAUUCGGCUCUUGUAAUGUGCCAUAUGAUGCAUUGCAACCCUAUCUGUGCAUAAGAAUUCAACGAUUACGUACGUGCUUACGUUCAUUUA